AAAAGAAGAAAAAACUGUCUUCUCCGUCGUGGCUGCCUGAGUAGAUUUCCCUUAGGAUCUGUCCUUUUCUUCAACUCUGACUCUUAAUGUACAAGAUAUUCCCACUUUGGAUGGGGUUUAGAGCAACUCGAAUGGCAUCGCCGCAGCUCGACUGAUUAAUAUCUCCGAACAUGAUUUCUCUUCUCCUACUCAUAGCAUAGCAUGGACUCGCUAAACUGUAUACAGUUUCGCCAAGUCUGAAACUUGAGCUGCCAUGAGUUCAUCUUCUGCAACUAAAGCUCUUACACUCAUCAGCUCUCUGACUCACUCCACCAAACUCCAAAUUCCCAGGAGAAGAAGAUUCAUGGUGACGAUGAGAGACCGGAGCAACAACCCCCGCCCAUUACAGAAAGGUAGAAACCUCAGCAUCGAAGCGAUUCAGACUGUCCAAGCUCUUAAGAGAGCCCAGAAGGACCAUCACAGUUUGGAACAAGCAUUCGAUUUCAAAUUCAGGCGCUUGUUGAAGCUCGAUAUGGUGGCCGUACUCCGCGAACUUCUUCGCCAGGAUGAAUGCCUCUUGGCUCUCAAGGUUUUUGAGGAUGUUCGGAGAGAAAUCUGGUACAAGCCUCGGGUUUCCUUGUAUGCUGAUGUGAUUGGAGUAUUGGGUAGCAAUGGAUUCAUUGAUCAAGUUGAACUUGUUCACUCGUACUUGAAAAGAGAAGCUGAUUUACAGCCUGAAAUUGAGGGUUUCAAUGCUCUGUUGAGAACUUUGGUUAGUUUGAACAUGGCAGAGCUAGCGAUGGAGUGUUAUUAUUUGAUGAAACAGGUUGGUUGCGACCCAGAUAGGUCGACUUUUAGAAUACUGAUUAAUGGUUUAGAAUCAAUGGGAGAGACUGGCUCUUCAAAUAUUUUGAGGUUGGAUGCUAAAAAAUACUAUGGUGAAUCUCUGGACUUUUUGGAAGAAGAGGAAGAGUUGACACUCACCCAUUAAGGAAUAGUGAAAAUAUACAUGUCCACCAUUUGUCUCAUCAAUGAGAUUUUCCAAAUCUUUCUCUUUGUGUUGAAUAUGCAAGCUGAAAUCUAGUUGAAAUGAAAUUUGUUAUACCAACUUAUCUGUAACACUGUCACAUAUUCCCUUAGUAAACCAACCACUACGAUUUUCUUAGCUACA